AAGUGGGCGACUUUCCAUCACAUUCAGCAGUUCAUGUUGAAGCCGUGACCAGGAAACACUAAAACUCAUCUGAACACACAUCGAGAGCUUCAGAAGAACUGAAUCCACUAACAACAGAGAAGAUCACUGAAGAAGAGAGAAGAAUGAAGAUCAUCUGGACUUUCUCUCUGCUGAUGAUUCCUGGUGUGUUGAGCUCCAUCAGUGUGACAGGAUAUUCAGGAGGAGGAGUCAGCAUCACAUGCAGAUAUGAUAGAGGAUAUACAGACAAUAACAAGUAUUUUUGUAGAGGACAGUGGUCAGAGUGCACAGACCGAAUCAGGACCAAUACUAAAAAUAAAUGGGUGAAUGCUGGAAGAUUUUCUCUGUAUGACGACACAAGAGCAGCAGUUUUCACUGUGACCAUCAGAGAUCUGAGAGAACAGGAUUCUGGCAUUUACUACUGUGGGACUGAUAUUUAUGCAAAAGUAGAUUCCUACACUGAAGUGAAGCUGAAUGUUGUAACAGCUGAUUGUUGUCAGAAGAGCAUCAGUCUCUCCGCUGCUGCAGGAGCAUCUGUGAACAUCAGCUGCAGAUACCCACAAUCCCACAGGGCUGAUGUGAAGUUUGUCUGCAGGAGAUCUGGAUCUGAUCUCUGUGCUGAAGAGACGUCUGUGAAGGAGAGCAGAAGAUGGAGCGCUGAGGGACAGAUGCAGCUGUAUGAUGACAGAGAGCAGCAGCUCCUGACGGGAAUCAUCAGUCAUGUGACUCAACAACAUUCAGCUGAAUACUGGUGUGGAGUUCAGUCUGAUGGAGGACACAAGAGCUUCAUCACACGAGUCCUCAUCAGUGUUACUGAUAUUCCGAAAACAAAUUCACCACCGCCAUCAUCAUCAUCAACAUCACCAACGUCAUCGUCAUCAUCAUCAUCAUCAUCAUCAUCAUCAUCAUCAUCAUCUGCUUCUUUCUCAUCAGUCACAUCUCCACUGAUCACAAGAGUUUCCAAAUCAUCUCCAUCCAGUUUCACAUCUGCAGGCUCUUCUCUGAUCAUCUCUCUGGUUCUGGUUCUUCUGGUUCUGAUCAUCGUUGGUCUCUUAUUUCUGUUUCUCUGUAAGAAGCAUCAGUCUCGAGCAGGCGGCGAUUCCUCUCAGACUGGAGCAGAAACACAUGAAGUGGUUUCUCACACUGGUUGUGAUUAUGAGGAGAUUAAAGACUCUCACAAACAGUUACCCACAAACCCCUCUGUUUCUCCUGACUGUGUUUAUGCCACAGUUCAGAAAGACACUGGUAACUCUCAGAUGUUCAUCACAUCUGCUGAGGAUCUGAAUUACUCUGUGGUGAAUUUCCAGAAGAAAGCAGACUGUCCUGAAGGUGUCAGAUUGAGGAAUAAUCAGGAUUACAGUGAAUACGCUGCUGUCAAUCACCUCACUGACUGAUGACACACAGCAGAGAAUCUCAAUCAACUGAAAGUUUUGAUUUUGGGUUCAAGUUUCCAUGAUUAGUAUUUUUGUUAUUUUUGUGGUUGUCUUCUGUUGUAUAUUUUAGACAGUCUUGCAGAUCAGACUUUUGACUGACAAUGUGAAGAAUGUUUAAAUGACAGAGAAGAGUUUUGUUCUGCAAAGAAAUGAUCAGAACAACCUCUGUGUUUUUGGUCAGCAUGUGAUGUAAAUAUGUACUGAAUAUUUCUGAGACAAAAUAACAUGCGUCUGUGAUCAGUUAGUUUUGUUAAUGUUAAACUACACGUCUGGCAGCUGCGGUUCUUCUGAAACUUUCAUUAAGUCUCAGUGUUUAAAAGCUCACACAUUUUUACACAUGCAGCAGCUACUGCUUUUUUGCUCAGUGUUCAUUUUAAAAGCUUGAUAACUUAGAAAAUAGCAUUUAGUAAACUAAGAUGAAGCCAUGAUAUUGUAUGCAAAUAUGAUAUGAAUGGACUAUGGAAGGCUAAAGUGAUCAAAAAGCACAACUUCUGUCCUCUGAGGUGAAGUGUGAGAGGGAGAAGUUACUUUGGUUAAAGAACCUGAAUGUAUAUGACUACAUGAAUGAGUGAGUGAGUACAUUAAUUACACACACAAAAUAAAUAUAUAUAUAUACAUUUGUGUGUGUGUGUGCACAGAUAAAUAAUUUAUAAUAAAUACAGUAAUGUUCAUUUAAAAAAGAACUUUCAUCUCAAACAUUUUAAUUUCACUGCUAUUUUAAUCAAUCAAUAGUGUGUUUAUUUGGUCACCAUGGUAACCGCUGCUGUUUGCACAUUUGUCCUCUAGAUGUCGCUGUCAAUUUACAGUCUGUGAGUUUUGUAGUAUGAAUAAGAAUUAUAGAUAUAUUUUUUUUGUAGGAAUAUUUCAAUUAAUGCUUUGAAAACAAAUUUGAAUUGUCAAAUGUCCAUGAGUUUUGUAAGUUUAUCUGAACAUGUAUCAUCACUUCUC